AUGGCAGGGGACCGGCUUCCACGGAAGGUGAUGGAUGCCAAGAAGCUGGCUAGCCUGCUGCGUGGUGGGCCCGGGGGCCCUCUGGUCAUUGACAGCCGUUCCUUUGUGGAGUACAACAGCUGGCACGUGCUGAGCUCUGUCAACAUCUGCUGCUCCAAGCUGGUGAAACGGCGGCUGCAGCAGGGCAAAGUGAGCAUUGCCGAGCUCAUCCAGCCAGCCGUCCGCAGCCAGGUAGAAACCACUGAACCUCAGGACGUGGUGGUCUAUGACCAGAGCACCCGGGACGCCAGUGUGCUGGCCGCAGACAGCUUCCUGUCCAUCCUGCUCAGCAAGCUGGACGGCUGCUUCGACAGCGUGGCCAUCCUAAUGGGGGGCUUUGCCACCUUCUCCUCCUGCUUCCCCGGCCUCUGUGAGGGCAAGCCUGCUGCUCUGCCAUCCAUGAGCCUCUCCCAGCCCUGCCUGCCUGUUCCCAGUGUGGGCUUGACCCGAAUCCUGCCUCACCUCUACCUGGGCUCUCAGAAAGAUGUGCUGAACAAGGAUCUGAUGACCCAGAACGGAAUCAGCUAUGUUCUCAAUGCCAGCAACUCCUGCCCCAAGCCGGACUUCAUCUGCGAGAGCCGCUUCAUGCGCAUUCCCAUCAACGACAACUACUGUGAAAAGCUGCUGCCCUGGCUGGACAAGUCCAUCGAGUUCAUCGGUGAGGAGGCGGAGCCCCGCGACGUGCGGACCGGCUGGGCCGAGGAGCCAGGCCCCGAGGCGCAGUUCAAGCGGCGCAGCUGCCAGAUGGAGUUCGAGGAGGGCAUGGCCGAGGGGCGCGCGCGCUCCGAGGAGCUGGCAGCCCUGGGCAAGCAGGCCAGCUUCUCGGGCAGCGUGGAGGUCAUCGAGGUGUCGUGA